AUGUGGGUCAUGGGCAUUGGCAGCUUGCGGGCUGCCAAUGGGGGUUUGGAACAGAAGUUCAUUGAGGGCAGGGCAAGGGAAUCCAGCCUGUCCGCUUUCCUCCAGGACCAUCUCCAGGCCCCUUGCGGAGCCCCUGAGUCCAGGCCCAUGUUGGAGCAGAGAGGCUGCAGGCUCUGUGGUUCCCAGCCAGGCCAGUUGCGUCAGGAGGUCAUACACAUGGUCCUGGACCGCGAGAGAGCCAAGUGGGCCAACCUGUCCGGAGCCAAGCCCUCCUCUGGGACACACAGACCCCCAGCCCGCGCCCUGAAGACCCCCAACAUGGAGAUGGGUCGCUGGGUGGAGGAACAACGUCAGCUGGCAGCCACCAUGCCCAUGUCCAUAUCCUGCUGUAAAGAUGUAGAAGGAGUCCCCAUAUUCCCCUACCAGAGCAUGGAGGAAAGCUGUGGGUCACAGGGAGAGCUUGUCUCCAGCCAGUCCAGCCCCAAGGCCCCCCACACGUCCAGAGUCAUCUCUAGCAUGGCCAAUUCCUCCGCCAUGUCCUUCCUGGUCAGGGCAGCUCAAAAACUCAACUUGUCGUCAAGGAAGAAGAGUUCAAGCUCCUCUCCCGCCUCGACUCAUCCUCUUCCCCAUUCGCCCCUCUGCUUCCGGGGUCUUCUCAAGAAGUCUCCUCCCCCCCUCCCCACCAGUCUCCUUCAAGCCCCCCCCAGAGUUAAAGACUCACCCAGCGCUGGCAAGGUAAAAGUGGUGCUCCGAAUGUGUCCCUCCUUUUCGCCCGACUCCUCCUCGCCUCCCAUUCUCAGAGUGGACCCCUUCAAGAGAAGGGUGACCGUGAUGGAUCCAGCCGCCCAACGCUCCACACACACACUGACACACACACAGGCACUGGCCACGCAAGCCAAGGUCCUACCCAGGACCUACACCUUCGACGCUGCCUACCCUCUAGAGUCCGCCCAGACGGAGGUGUGUGAAGGCAUCUUGUCUGAUGUCAUCCGCUCUGUGGUCAGUGGGGCUGACGGCUGUGUUCUGUGUCUGGGAGAUGAUAAAGAGGGAAGGACUUACUCCAUGCUGGGGAGUGAUCAGAGCAGAGACAGCCUAGGGAUCCUCCCCUGUGCCCUCGCCUGGCUCUAUGGUCUCCUGGAGCACAGGGCUGGGGCUGGGACUGGGGCUGGGUCCAGCCUGGUUGUGUCUGUGUCUGCCAUUGAGGUCUGUGGAGAGGAUGAGACAUUGAGGGACCUGCUGUCUUCAGUUGCUUCAGGCAAAGUUCAGGACAGCCCAGCCUCGGACAUCCAUCUGUAUCAGGACCCCAUCUAUGGAAUGCAGCUCCGUAACCAGCGCGUGAUUCAUUCCCCCUCUGCCGAACACGCUGCCUCCCUUCUGGAUGCAGCCAUCGCCUCCCGCCGCCAUGGCGGCAGGGAGAUGAGCGGUGACAUCACGGCGGUCCCUGGCUCACACAUGUUCUUCACCCUCCACAUUGGACGGGCUCCGGCAGACAGCAGCUGCAGCAGAGUAGUGGGGGGUUACAGCAGGCUGACCCUGAUAGACCUGGCCAGCAGAGUAAAGAGGUCUGGAACAGCCUCGGACGGCCCCACUGCCCUGCCCAUGUCUGAGCUGGGGAACACUCUACUGGCUCUGCUGAGUGGCAACAAGCACCUUCACAACAGAGACAGCAGGCUGAACAUGCUUCUCCAGGAGUCUCUGGGGAACGUGAACUGCUGCACCACCGUGGUCGCUCAUGUCUCUGACUCACCUGCACACCUACUCCAGACCCUCUCCACGAUCCAGACCGCCACACGCAUCCGCAGGACACUGAAGAAGGCCAAGCAUUCUACUUCCUGCUCCCCUAAUGGGCGGAGCCUGAGCAGAGAGAGGCGAGGCUGUCGUUCGUUAUCGCUCCGAGCCUUCCAUUCCACGAGCGAAGUGGACAUAGACCCGCCCAUCCUCCGUCUCCACGGCGACCUGGACAACCACUCCAGCAGUGACCAGUCUUGUGAUACGGUCAUCCACGUUAACUCUGAUGGUUCUGUCCAGUCCAGCCAGGUCCGGACCCAGGGCCUAGUGGAGUUUGUUCCCAUCAUUCCCUCCCUCCACCAGGGGAAGACCGAGCUGGAGGACUCUGAGCUGGCUACCCUCCUUCAGGAGCUUCUCAGCUUCUCCAGGCCAGAGGUGGAGAAGAAAAAGGAACAGGAACAGGAAGUGACCAAACAGGAAGUCCUCUCAUCUCAGGGAGAAGGGAGUGAGCCUGAGAGAGAUUGUCUGAAAUGUGACACGUUCGCAGAGCUACAAGAAAGACUGGGCUGCAUCGAUGGCAGGGAGACAGGCCCCUCCACACUCUCAUCAAACGAACCUGCCGUUAAUAUCACAACAGAGUCUCACAAGGACCUGAGCCAGACAGAAACCUCAUCAGAGAAACAAUCCUCCUCCCUGGAUGUCAGCUGUGGUGAGAUCAGUAACGAGGCCCCAGCCAGUGAGAAGGUGUCGGAUGUCACUUACCCAGGAGACAGCUUCCAGAGGGAGGACUCGGGUCUUUAUGACUGUGAGGAAGGCAGUGCAGCCAGCUCCAGUGAAGACCAGCCUAACCCCCCAGGUCCUCUCCUCCACCACACCCAGAGCCCCCAUCUCAACGCCAGCCUGCCUCCCCAGCACCAUGAGGUGCACACCCCCAUCAGCACCACCACCCCCAGCUCACUCCCUCUCACCCUCGAGCCCCCAGGAAGCAAAGAAAGCUCUGAAGGUACGGAUUGGCUGAAACCUGAGAUGAGGAUCUCACCAGCUGGCAAGAGCUCCCCCCUGUCUCCCUCCUCUCUCCUCUCCCCCGCCACACCCUUCUCCACCUCCUCCCCCUUCCUGGCUACCAGCGUUCUCCUGGGGGACAUCCUACCCCAGCUACCCACGGAAGAACUCAGAGAGAUGAAGGCCACCAUCACGGUCACGGUUCAGCAGCCGCUGGACACGACCGGUCAGGACGAGCUGGUGUUCACCAUGGUCGAGGAGGUGACCAUCACCGGGGGUCUGGAGAGAGGGGGUCGCGGGGCCAUUGUCAGGACCAGAACUGCCCAAUCAUCUGCUCCGGUUCAGGGAUCUACUGGCACUCGACCAAUUAGGAUCAUCAGUAACGUCAGUGCAGAUCUCGCCGCUGACCGGUCCUUUGUCAAGGUUGUGGAGCCUCCCGCCGAUCACCUGGCUGUUGGAGAUGUGACUCCCACACGCCCUCGGCAGAGAGCAGAGAGGAGGGCCCUGCCUUCCUUCAUCAACCCAACACUCAGCGACCUGACAUGGGCUGGUGAUGUCGAGCUCGGUCACGCAAGGACUCCUAGUGGAAGCACCGCAGAAGAAGAACCGUUGUCUGGACUGCAGCAAGGAUGCAGAAAGGGGUGGUCGACACAGACGUCUGGAGCUGGGGUUGAUGUAACUCCCGAGAGAGACCCCGGGACAAAGACCUGGAGCAUGGGUCGAAGCUGUGGAGACGCUGUUUGCCAUUAUGACACACUAGAGAACAAAGCCCCAUGGAAGACUCCCAACACAGACAAGACCCACUGCAGAGGCAGAGCGCCACUUCACUCCCCCAGUAUCCCUCGGAGGUUCGGGGACAACUGUGACAUCGCCGCAGAGAACCCCCGAGAGACUUGGUUACCUGGUUACCUGGUUACCGUGCCAACUGCCUUGAAAGCAGCAAGCCUGCCAAGGGGCUGGCAUGAUGUGACCCAACUGGAGAGUCAAGCUGGCAGAGGUGACUGUCAUGUGACCGAGGACUUUAGGGACGGGAUGGCGUCAGCCUUCCCUUUCAGCCCUGGCGCGACCCUGGAGAGACACGCUCCCAAUUUGCUGUCCCCUGCUGGGCAGCGACGGCGUAAGGACAGCUUCCCCUUCUCCCCUGGGAAGAAACACAACAACACGGAGCACAGGCAGAGAACCGGCAGCGGCUGGGGUAGCCUGUCCGACAGCCCCCUGUUGGACCAGCCAAGGCCAUCCAGCCAAAGCGCGAGUCCAGAUCCAAGGAGCAGCGCUGGGAGGGUGAGGUCUCCCAUGGAGGAGAGCAGCAGACUAUUCAGUGCCAAGCUGGAGCAGAUAGCCAGCAGGACCAGCUCCUUGGGCGUCUUGUCCCUGGACGUCCACACCCUGGACGGAGGCAGCAGCACCGCCUCCGUCAGCUCCAAGGGAAGCCACGAGGGGGAAUCCUCCUCGUCCUCCUUAGCCCAGGCUAGCAGGAGUCCGCGGAGGUCUCCCAGGUCCAGCGACCCCUCCGCCUCCCCGGCUCAGUCCCCCAAACCCGGCCGGUCCAGGAUCUCUGCCGUGGGGAAGCUGAUGAUGUCCGGCCACAAGGUGCACAGGCUCUCCAGCCCCGGCAGCAGGAACCUGAGCUUCUCCCCCAGAGCCCUGCGGCAGAGUUCCAACCGGAGCACCAGCCUCUCCCCGGACGCCAAGGCCCCCGAGCAGACGCCGCCCUCCUCGCCGGUAGCCGCACACACCUGGAGCCGGAGCCAGGCCCAGAGCCCGCGAAGCAGCUCCACCAAGUCUCCUGUUCACAUCAUCAACGGGCGCAUCUCUGAGAUCCUGCAUCUGGGCAGAGACUCCUCCCCCAACCCCGCCUCAAGAGGGAUGGACUUGGACAAGAUGGCCGCUUCGCCCUCCAGUUCUCCGGGAGAGGAGCUGACCUCUCACCCCCCGGCCCUCCCGGUCCCCUCGCCCUACAGCCGGGUGACGGCUCCCCGCCGGCCCGGCCACCUAAGCGGGCACACCAGCGACGCCACCAGCGUGCUGAGCGGGGAGCUGCCCCCGGCCAUGGGCCAGACGUCGCUGCUGUACAACAGGAACAGCGUGGUGAGCAGUGGCUACGAGAGCAUGGUGAGGGACAGCGAGGCCACAGGGAGCAGCACCUCCAACAGGGACUCGCUCAGCAGCGACCGGAGCUGCUCCCUGGUCAGCGUAUCGGCACGCAGCGGCCGUUCUGCGCGGAGGAGGGGCAACGCAGGCUCGCACCCACGCCGUCCGUCCCAUGACGCGUCCCUGUCCCUGCGGAGGUCUGUCAGCAGUGCCAAGGGGCGCUGGGUGGACCGGGGCAUCCCUGAGGCCUACGAGAUCAAGGUCUACGAGAUCGACGAUGCCGAGAAGCUGCAGAGACGAGGGGUGCCAGGAAAACAGGGGAUCGGCAGUUUCAGCGCCAAGCUGAAGUUCCUGGAGCACAGGCAGCAGCGGAUCUCCCAGGUGCGAGCCCGCUACCACAGCCUGAGGAGGGAGCUGGAGCUGGCCAAACACCACCUGAUGCUGGAGCCAGGGCACUGGAACCAGGAGUUCAACCUGUGGCAGACGUUCGAGGUGGACUCCCUGGAGCACCUGGAGGCCCUGGAGCAGGUGACGUCCCGCCUGGAGCGCAGGCUCAGCCUGUGCAAGGCCAGCGUCAUGAUCGUCACCUGCUUCGACGCCGCCAGCAAGCGCCGGACCAAGAGGAGACGCCGCGCUCCGCCGGAGCUGCCAGGCUUCCUGGGAAUCUGAACCGACGACGUCUGCUGGUGUUUUUGUGAAUAGGCUUAGUUUCAGGGUGCAAUUUUGGUUACAAG